GGCAGUGUUGUGGGGGCAUGUCUCCACACCAUGCACCCGCCUGGGUGACCUCCACAUAUAAACAGUGCCUCCCUGGCCCUCUGUAGGAGUCCUGAAAGAACAGCCUGCAGUCCAUCCCUGCAGGAGUCCCAGCUGAGGCCACAGGAGUUUAAGCCCACUCUGAACACGGAGCCUUUUUCCAGGUUCUCUCUCUCUCAUCCUGAUUCUUGCCGCUGGAAGCAGGACCUGGCAACCACUGAUCCACUUCUCAUCACUAGACUAUAGUUCUGCCUUUUCUAGAAGUCCACAUAAACAGAAUCAUACAGACACUGUCCUCUCCCUGUGGAUGGCAUGCUCACGGACCUGCUCCCGCAUUCUGGGGCUGAGCCUCGGGACUACAGCCCUGUUUGCUGCUGUCGCCAACACACUGCUCCUGUUUCCUAACUGGGAUGUGACCUACCUGUUGAGGGGCCUCAUUGGCAGGCAUGCCAUGCUGGGCUCUGGGCUCUGGGGAGGAGGCCUCAUGGUGCUCAUUGCAGCUACCCUCAUCUCCCUGAUGGGCUGGAGAUAUGGCUGCUUCAGUAAGAUUGGGCCCUGCCGUAGGAUGCUUACCGCUCUGUUGUCAAGUGGCCUGGCUUUGCUUGGAGCCUUCAUUUGCUUUAUCACUUCUGGAGUAGCCCUGAAAGAUGGUCCUUUUUGCAUGUUCGAUGUCUCACCCUUCAAUCAGACACAGGCUUGGGAACAUGGUUACCCAUUCAAAGACCUGCAUAACAGGAAUUAUUUGUAUGACCAUUCACUCUGGAACUCUGUCUGCCUGGAGCCUUCUAAAGCUGUCGUUUGGCACGUGUGCUUCUUCUCCACCCUUCUGUGCAUCAGCCUCCUCCAGAUUCUCCUGGUGGUCAUUCAUUUCAUCAACAGCUUCCUGGGCCUUUUCUGCAGCCUCUGUGAGAAGUGACAGCAUUAUUUUCAAUAGCCAAGACAUGGAAACAAUUUAAGUGUCUAUCAACAGGUGAAUGGAGGGCUUUCUUGGUGGCUCAGUGGUAAAGAAUCUGCUGGCAAAUGCAGGAGACACCAGUUUGACCCCUAGUCCUGGAAGAUCCCACAUGCCCAGGAGCAUCUAAGUUCAUCGGCACAACUAUUGAGCCUGUGCUCUAGAGCCUGGGAGCCCCAACUAUUGAGCCUAUGUGCUGCUACUACUGAAGCCCAGGUGCCCUGGAGUCCAUACUCUGCAAUAAGAGAAGGACCACAAUAAGAAGCCAGCACACUGCAAUUAAAGAGUAGCCUCCACUCAUCACAACUAGAGAAAAGCCCACACAGCAACAAAGACCCAGCACAACCAAAAAAAAGAAAAUAAAUAGAUGAAUGGAUAAAGAAGUUAUAGUACACACACGCAAUGGAAUAUUCUUCAGACAUAAAAAAAAAAGAAAUAUUGCCAUUUGUGACAACAUGGAUGGACCUAAGUGAAAUAAGUCACACAAAGACAGAGACCAUAUGAUCUCAUUUAUAUGUGGAAUUUUAAAACAAUAGCCACCAAACCAAGUUUAUAGAUACAGUGACAGACAAGUGGUUGCCAGACAUGGGGUUGGGGAGUGAGAGAAAUGGAUGAAGUGAGUCAAAAGGUACAAACUUCUAAUUAUAAAAUAGUUAAGUUAUGGGUAUGUAAUGUACAACAUGUGACUACUAAUAAUAUGUAUUGCAUAUUUAAAGUUGCUAAGAGAUCUUUAAAAAGUUUUUUGUAACUAAUAUAUGGUGCCAAUGUUAACUAGAAUUAUUGUGGUGAUCAUUUUGCAAUAUAUACAAAUAUCAAAUCAUUAUGUUGUACACUUGAAACAAACAUAAUGUCAUAUGUCAGUUCUAUAAAAAUGACAAUGUAGUAUAUUUCCAGAAUAAAAGCAUGAUUAAGCUUCAGAAAGUUUAUUCACCUAUAAUAAUAGAUUUAAGAAGGAAAAAAUCCUAAUGAUUUUCUUCAUAAAGUCUGAAAAGGCAUUUGAUAAAAUUCAACAUACAUUCUUUACAUCCCUUUUCUUUUCUUAAUUAAAAAAAAUAUUUAUUUGACUGCACUGAGUCUUAGCUACAACCUGAGGAUCUUUGUUGUAACAUGCAUAUUCUUAACUGCGGCAUGCGGGAUGCAGUUCACUGACCAGGGAUCAAACCCUGGCUCCCUGCAUUGGGAACACAGAGUCUUAACCACUGGACCAUCAUGGAAGCCCCUCAACAUACAUUCUUAAUAAAACUCAAGAAAAUGAGAAGACAGCUCCCUCUUUAUCAUAAUACAACAUAACUAUCUCAACUUAAAAGUCAGCCUCAUGCUUAAUGGAGGAAUACUAGAAGCAAUCUCACUAAAGUUCUUAAUAGAUGAUACUCACUAUCAUCAUUAUCAUUUAAUACAGUUCUUGAGGUAUUAGUCCAAGCAAGUAUUCAAAGGGCAAUUAACAGAUAUAAAAUAGGAAAGACGGUGAAGUUCUCAUUAUAUUUGGACAAUAUGAUUGCACAUCUAGAGCACUCAAAUUAUAU